GGGGGGGCAGGAGGGCGCAGGGCAGCAUGUUGACAGCCGCCCGCUGACAUAAUUCGUCGCCCGACACCGUUUGAGCGGCUCCGGCGGAGGUUCGGAGGCUCGUCUCCACCAUGUUUCUCUGCCUGUCCGCGGCGGCUCACGCUCCUAAGUCCCCGGGCUCGUUCCUCGGGGCGAGCAGCCGGGGGGACGUCACAUUACGCAAGGGCCACGCGCUCCCGCGGUACCGGUGUUUCUGCGUAUCCGUCCGGGCCGGCGAUGCGAAUGGUGUCCGACUGGGGAAACAACAACAACAACAACAACAACAAAAGCCCCCCGUGCGGCGACCUGUGGAGGACCGGGACUCGUGUUUGCGCCCUCUUGCGUGGGGACACUGGGACCGGAUGGCGGAUAAACACGCGGAUCUCUGGAGACGCGUGCGAGGCGGAGGCGCCGGUCACGCAGAUAUGAUCGCGCCGCGGCUCGUGCGCGCGAACGGAGGUGGGCUGCCGGCUCCGGGUUUGUUUACGGGUGACUGGGGGGGGCUCGGUGGGCUCUGCUACGCCGGGACAAUGCACACCAGAGGGUUCUCCACGAAGAGGAGCGACGGCGGCGAGGAGCACACGGCUAACCACAAAGGGGAAUUCAAGGAGGCCUCUUCUACUUCCCCAUCUGCAGCGACGCUCCCGGGGGAGCCGCAGCCAGAGGGAGGAAAACCAAACAAGACCCAGCAACUGAAGAAAGUCUUCAAGGAAUAUGGAGCGGUGGGAGUUUCCUUCCACAUCGGGAUCUCGCUCAUGUCCCUGGGAAUGUUCUAUCUCCUCAUAUCCAGUGGGAUCGAUAUGGCGGCCGUGCUGUGCAAAGUGGGCUUCAGCGAGGCGGUCGUCCAGUCUAAGAUGGCAGCGGGGACGAGCACGUUCGUCUUGGCCUACGCCAUCCACAAGCUCUUCGCUCCGGUUCGCAUCAGCAUCACUCUGGUGUCCGUGCCGCUCAUCGUGCGCCACUUCAGAAAGACUGGUCACUUUAAACCACCCACGCCUGCACCCUGAGGACCCCCCACCCUGUCCUCUGCUGCCUCAUCAAGCAGCAGACCUCCUGGCUCUUAGUAGCCACAGUCAAAUGUACCCCUGAUUCAUUUGCCUUCAUGUGAACAUUUUCUUCAUUGGUGCCAGUGGAAUCAAUGUGUUCAGAGUGGUGUUUUUAAUGAGUGCGCAUUCCAAAAAAUACAAAGGCUAAAAAGCUCAACUAUUUAUUUACAAUCAGUGGUGUGAUCAGGGAUUUUAAGCUCUUUCAGUGUGAAGGUCCUUUUGUAGGGUUGGAAAAAGCUGAUGUCUCCUCCACGGUUCCUCGUCAGCUGACUGGGCCGUCGCUCCGGUGUUGCAUGACUCAGCAGAAUAAUUCAGGUUCUCUCUCUGUCUCCUACCUCGCUCCUCUUUCUCUCCUCCCCCUGCUUCCUCGGACCCGCCUACGCCGUUUUUAUUUCCUGCCGUGGUUUUGGCUUCCUCUCGACACCUCUCCCAGCAUCUAUUUCCAUUCUUCUCGUGUCCCUCUGCUGUGCCGCAAUAACCCCCGACUACGUCCAUCUGAGAGUGAAGCCGCUUGUAGUCCAAUGCAACGUGAAGAAUGUUGAUUUGAGAAGGUUUCUUUCCCCGAAUUUGAAUGGACUGUAGUUAACUAUUAAAAAAAAACAGAAUUUCUCUUUUAA